AUGCGCCACGCAGACCUGAGUUCGUCCGAUGAGGAAUCUCAACCUUCCGAGAAUGAAGAGCAAAGUGGAACCUCCACCGAUGAGGACGGUGACGGCGAGGUAGGCCGCCAAAUCCGUGUGGAUGAAGUUUCGCCGCGCAAGAAAAGGAAGCGGAAGUCUGUUGCCGUGUCUCCAUCCCCUUCAUCUGAACUGGAACGAGGCAGACAAGAAACACCGCAAUGCGCAACUGCGAGUUCGAAACGGAAGCGACGGAGAUGGGAAUGGACUAUAGACUCGUCAAUAUCUGGUCUAGCUCGAUCGGGGAAAUUGUCUGAAGUCAGAAAAGAUCAGAGCCUUCCAUUGGAAGAGCCGAGAAGAUCUCUAGAUGCAGAUGCACUGCAGGAUGUGAAGCGGUCUGAGGAGAAUGGAGAGAUCAGACAGAUACAGGAUUGUCUAAGCGGCUGA